AUGGUAGGCCAGCCCUGCGUGGAAGGUGAUGGAGAGCUGCGGGCGGCCAGCAGCAGCAGCAGCAGCAAGCCGGGCAGCAGCAGCAGCAGGAGGGGCCUCAGGCCGCCGCCGCGGCUGCGGCGGGACCUGCUGCUGGCUGAGCAGAGCAGCGACGGCGCAGCAGCAGCAGAAGCUUGCGCAACAGCUCUAGCAGCAAUUGUUGCUUCUGCUGCAGGAGCAGCAGCAGCAGCACGAGAUGGAGCAGCAGCAACGCGCCGCGGCUGCGCCUCCGACGAGGGCCGCGGGGGGCCGCAGCAGUGGUGCCGCACUCCCAGGCAGGCAGCAGCAAAAGAAGGAGCUUGGUGCUGCGCCGCGCUGCCGCUUGCUGCAGCGGCACAUCUCGGAGUACCACAAGCAGCAGCAGCAGCAGCAGCAGAAGCAGCAGCAGCACCGGCUGCGCCCGCAGCAGACGGAGGCGGAGCCCACCCUGGGAGCUGCGUUCGCCACGCUCCCGACCGUCGCGUGCCGCAGGAGCAACAGCAGCAAAAGCAGCAGCAGGAGGCGCAGCAGCAGCAGCAAACGCAGCAGCAAGAGUCUCAGCCCCUGGAAGCUCCGCAGCAGCAGCAGCGACGGGGGAAGCUGCGGCGGCGGCCAGCCAACCUGGAGGACGCAGCUGACUGCGUGCAGCAGCAGCAGCAGCAGCAGCCGGAAACGAAGCAGCAGACGGAGCAGCAACAGCUAUCCCGCCUGCUGUCUCGGCAGCGCCAAAGUCGCCUGCGGCUGCAGCAGCAGCUGGUGCAGCUGGAGCAGCAGCAGCAAGAGCAGCAGCAAGUGCCGGCCUCUGUGCUGUGGGCGUCGCAGGAGCUGCGUGCUGCAGCAGGAGACAGCGACGAUGAGCUGCUGUGGCUGCCAGCAGCAGCAACAGCAGCAGCAGCUGCUGCUGCUGCGCCCGGCAGCCGACGCAGCGCCCGCAAACCCCGCCGCGCGCCCAGCGCGAGACGGCCUCAAAGCGCUGCUGGCAGCAGCAGCAGCAGCAGCAGCAAAAUACUGCUGUGGGGCAGCGACUGCAGCAGCAGCAGUUUGCAGGUGACGGGGGAGAGUCCCUUAGAGCGCGCGCUGCUGAGGGCCGCAAACGGUUGCUGCCAGGCUUGCCUGAGCAGCAGGAGCAGCAGCAGUAGUGACGGCAGCAGCAGCAGCAGCAGCAGCACCGCAGUGGCUUGCAGCUGCAGCAGCAGGACGCCUUGCGGGACUACGGCGUACGCGCUGGCGUCCUGCCGCCGCAGAGACAACUGCAUGCUACUGCUGCUGCAGCAGCAGCAGCAGCAGCAGUCGCUGACCAUUUGGAGAGGUAGGGAGCCCUACGGCUUCGAAACCCCGGGCGUGGCGCAGCAGCAGCAGCAGCAAGAGCAGCUGCGAAGGCGGCGCGUGGGCACGCAGCCAGCCCUGCCCGCAUCAGCAGCAGCAGCAGCAGCAGCGAAGGCCGCAGCAGCAGGCACUGGAGCAGCAGAAGAGGCGCCUGGAGCCUGCCUUGUCGUGGGCUGCGGCAGAGCAGGCCCGCAGCUGCAGGCAGUGACUUGUGCUGCUGCUGCUGCUGCUGUGCUGCGGGCUGGGGCGCAGUAUGUCUCGGCGCCGCUCUCCGCUGAGGGCGCGCUGCAGCAGCAGCUGCUUGCUGCGAGGGGGUGGCGCAGCAAGCAGCCUUUGCUGCACCAGGCCUUUUUUUCGCACCCGCCCGUUGCUGCUGCAGCAGCAGCAGCAGAGGAAGCAACGGCGCCGCCCGCCGCAGCAGCAGGGAAAGCAGCACGGCGCCGCCCGCUGCAGCAGCAGCAGCAGCACCGCUGGUGCUGA